UAGUUGUCGUACCUCCCCGACCUUUCCUCCCCAUCCGCCAUCUGCUCUGUAGUCGUGUAAUUCGGCUACAUCUUCCAUCACCAACCUCGACUCCACUCCAUCACCACCUCACUUCACCGCUUUUCACCCAUAACAUGUCGACGCUCAAGCGGAAGGCCGCCGCCCAGGCUGGCGCGGAGGCGAAAAAGAGCAAGCAGGGCAGCAUCAUGUCCUUCUUCGGCGCCACCAAUCCAUCAUCCACCGGCGGCAGUGCGAACAAAAGUGCUGCCCCGGAACCCGCAGGUCCCAAGUUCGACAAGGCGCAAUGGGUCGCUUCCUUGACUCCCGAGCAGCGGCAGCUGCUGCAGCUCGAGAUUGACACCCUCCACGAUAGCUGGCUGGCCCUGCUCAAGGACGAGCUCGUCACCAAGGAGUUCCUCGAGCUCAAGAGAUUCCUCAACCGCGAGACGGCCGCAGGGAGGAAGUGGUUCCCGCCGGCGGAGGACGUCUACAGCUGGUCCCGCCACACGCCCUUCAACACGGUAAAAGUCGUCAUCCUCGGCCAAGACCCGUACCACAACGUCAACCAAGCCCACGGGCUCGCCUUCUCGGUCCGCCCGCCGACCCGCGCCCCGCCCUCGCUCAAGAACAUGUACAUCUGCCUCAAGAACGACUACCCGUCCUUCAACCCGCCGCCCAACAAGGGCGGGCUGCUGACCCCCUGGGCCGACCGGGGGGUGCUGAUGCUCAACACGUGCCUGACGGUGCGCGCCCACGAGGCCAACAGCCACUCCAACCGCGGCUGGGAGCGCUUCACGCAGAAGUGCAUCGACCUCGUGGCCGCGCGGCGCACCCGCGGCGUCGUCUUCAUGGCCUGGGGCACCCCCGCGGGCAAGCGCGUGCUGCGCGUCGACGGCAAGCGCCACCUCGUGCUCAAGACGGUGCACCCGUCCCCGCUGAGCGCGAGUAACGGGUAUUUCACCUGUCGCCAUUUUCGCCUGGCGAAUGACUGGUUGGCGGAGCGGUAUGGCCCUGGCGGGAGGGUGGAUUGGGCGCUUGUUGAGGGGGAGAGUGUGUUUGAUGAGGAGCAGGGAGAGGAGGAGGGUAAAAAAGAAGAGAAGGAAAAAGAGGGGGUGGAGGAGCAGAAGAAGGGGAAGGAGGAAAGGGGGUUUAAUGAAGACGAUGAGGAAUUCGGGGAUGGUGAUGCGGCGGACAUGCUGGAGGCUGUGGUUAAGGCUGAGGCUGGGGUGAAGGCCGCUGCGUCUUCUGCUGCUGCUGCUGCACCUGGAGAGAACAGUAACCCCGCGGAGAAGGAGGCCGUGGUGGUGGAGAAGAGAAAGACUCGGAGCCAGAAAGCGGUGGCCGAGGCUGCGGACGGGGAGGAGAAUGCCGCACCUGAGGUCGAGGCUUGAGCAGGGUCGGCGUUGUGUCCCUUUUCAUGGCGAUAUUGGUUGAAUGUGGGAUGCGGAUAGCGAUGGGAAGAGAUUGUAUUUUCCCCGAGGCAUGUAUCAUCGCGCCUGUGGACGACGCAGUGUCACGUUGACGCCGAU